AUGCGAGUGCCACACCUCUUAGUGACCGUAGCUGGGAACUGUCAGCCCGGCUCCUCCGCUUCCUUGGCAACGACGUUUCCUCCUGGCAGCGCUGUCGUGGGGCAGGACUCGGGGAAGAACACAGACGGCCGCAUCAAGCUGGGGCUGAAGAGCCUCGUCAGCAAGGGCACCCUGGUGCAGACCAAGGGCACCGGCGCCUCCGGGUCUUUCCGCCUUAACAAGAAGCCUGGGGAGGUGAAGGAAAAAGCCCCCAAGAAGCGGGCAGCCGCGGCCAAGCCGAAGAAGCCGGCGGCCAAGAAGCCCGCCAGCGCUGCUAAGAAGCCCAAGAAGGCGGCGGCGGUGAAGAAGAGCCCCAAGAAAGCCAAGAAGCCGGCAGCUGCCGCGGCCAAGAAAGCCACCAAGAGUCCCAAAAAGGCGACUAAGGCGGCCAAGCCCAAAAAGGCAGCGGCAGCCGCGAAGAGCCCGGCCAGGGCGAAGGCGGUGAAGCCCAAAGCAGCCAAGCCCAAGGCAGGGAAGCCCAAAGCGGCCAAGGCGAAGAAGGCGGCGCCCAAGAAGUGA